CAACAACAAAAAACAUGGAGCAUAGGAAGACUAACCUUCUACGCUGGGCGUUCGAAGGUUGUCGGAGAAAAGAGAAAGAGAUCUAACACGACGGCAACGCAGCUGAGAAUUUGUGAGAAGAGUCCUAUCUUUUGUAGGAAACCCAUUUAAUUAAAUAAUUAAUAUAUAUUCCGUCACUGCCUUUCGGAACAAGUUCUACUGCUGAUCGAAGGCUCGAAUCUGCGAAAGGAAAUCAUCUUCCACAGAGAGGGCAGCUACAAUUCCUUUAAUGGCCAAUCAGUCCUCGUCCUACCCAAUCCUCUGCGCUUCCUUCAAUCAGGACGCCAGUUGCUUUGCGAUAGGCACAAGUGAAGGGUUCAAAAUCUUUGAUUCGAAUACAGGGAGGCUCUGUUACGAGCGAGCUAUUGGAGCCUUCAUUAUUGUUGAAAUGUGGUUUAGCUCCAGUCUUCUUGCCAUUGUUGGAGCUGGGGAACAGCCAUCUUUAUCCCCACGCUGUCUUUGUUUGUUCAAUACAAAAACUGGGGCUGCUCGCCGAAAACUAAAUUUUUUAACUUCAAUACUUGCUGUUCGCAUGAAUAGGGAAAGGUAAAAGAUCUUACAUAGAAAGUGAAUUUGUGCUAGAGAUUCUUGUUUUGAUUUUCUGCUGCUGGAUCCAUGGCAAUAAUUAUUUUGAUAAUAAGGGGGGGGCGCUAAAUAUGUUUGAUAGUAGCCUAUAUAAUGAAGGGCUAUUGUAAUGGCAACAUUGUUCAUGGCUGUCCGAAAAUUAAUAUGAAUGAGGAUAUGUGCGCGGAAUGGAUCUUCUCCUUAUGUGGGCAGCAAUAAUGUUGAGCUAAGAUAUUUGAAAUGCCUAAUAACACUUGGGGAUAUUAGGUACUUGUUGACAUGUCUAACAUCUGUUUAGACUCACAUGCCUUGUCGACAUGCCUUCACUGCAUGAUUGUACAAAUGGGGCUCUUCGUUUGAGGAGUAUAAUUCCAUAUAGGUAUUUUCCUUGUCAGUUUGCUCUUAUGGCCCUUGUACAUGCAUCAAAACGUAAGUAAAGAGGUAUGUUUAACAUAGUAGAUUCACAAACACAUCUAUAUUGCCUAACUUUGCAAUUCAUAAAAUAUGGAAUUUAAGGGGAAGCCUACUUCAUGUAUGUCAACUUUGAUAGCACUUGAAACUUAUGUGUUAGAAUAUUAAUAAUAUGAUUAAAUUUACCAUUUUUUAUUAGAUUAAUUUUCUGGAACAAUCAAUGAUUUAACAUAGUAAUAGAGCAUAAGCCUCAAGUUUGAAUCUUGCCUUUAUAGUUUAUCCCCAAUUUUAAUUAAAUAUUUCA